AUGCCCAGGACGACCCUCAUCCGCAACGCAUCCCUCGUGGGCUAUCCAGCUGGAACCUACCGUGUCCUCGUCCAAGAUGGUCUAGUCGCCAGUAUAACAGAGACUGGCACCGACAACGCACAAGCCGGCGAAAUCAUCGACGUCAAAGAGCUCGGCUCGCAAUGGGUCAGCCCCAGUCUGGUCGACUCACACGUCCACACCUCCCUCAACGCUCUCCAUUCCCACCGCCUCGACCUUCAAACAGCCAAAACGGCCCAAGAAGUCCUUGACCGCGUUGCCGAUGCCUUCAAUGACCCCAAGUACCGGAUGGUUGAGGGCUGUAGCAAUUUCGCAGGUACCAACAUGCGUAACGCUGGCUGGCCUGGUCCCGAGCUCCUCACCCGGCAAGCUAUUGAUGCCAUCUCUUCAGAACGCCCCAUCCACCUCUUUUUCAACGGCUACCACUCUCUCUGCGCCAACUCUCUCGGGCUGAAGCUUGGAGGACAUGAGCCGGAGGGACAUAGUGGAUAUCUGUAUGAGGAGGAGGCUUUUACGAUGGCAAGGGUGAUCGGGAAGGUAGGUGCCGAUGCGAUGGAUGAGUGGGUGAUGGAAGAGGCUAGAUAUGCUGCCUCUCUGGGCGUGACAGAGAUUGUCGACCUCGAGUGGGAACUCGGUAUCAUCGACUGGCAACGGCGCUACAACAAAGGCUUCCGCUCUCUCCGCGUCAACGUCGGCAUGUACACCGAUCACCUCCAGUACUCUAUCGACCGCUGCCUCAAAUCCGGCGACGAUGUCCCCGACACCAACGGCCUGAUCAAGGUUGGUCCCUUCAAGAUCAUCACCGACGGCUCUCUAGGCUCGCAGACUGCAUUCUGUCAUGACCCUUAUCCGGGGUCGAAAGACAACUUUGGAGUGUUCAACUACGAGCCAGAGGAACUUGGGGUAUUGAUCAAGAGGGGUGCGGAUAAUGGAUUCAAGAUGGCCAUCCACGCCAUCGGCGACCACGCCAACCAACUCACCCUCCAAGCCCUCUCUCGCGCCGAAAAGAUCCUCCCCGGGUCCACUAUCGAACACGCUCAACUGCUCUCCCCUUCCGACCUCCCACUAUUCGCUUCCCUCGGUAUCAUCGCCUCCAUCCAGCCUUGCCACCUCGUCGACGACCGGGACCUGUGCCACAAGUUCUGGCCUGGGCGGGAACUGGGGGCGUACGCGUUCAGGUGGUUGGUCGAUGCCGGGGUACCGAUUAGGAUGGGGAGUGAUUGUCCGAUUGCGCCGUUGCAGCCUUGGGAGGCUAUGGCUGUUGCUAUCUCACGAGCGGGAGAGGGGGAUGAGGAGAAUCCGUUCUGUAAAGAGCAGAUUAUCGACCUUGAAGUAGCUUGGGCUGCAUCAACCUCUAACAACAAGAUGAAGCUCGAAGUCGGCGACAGAGCAGACCUCAUCAUCAUCAACGCUGACCCUCUCAGCUGUGAUGCUGCUGGACUCAGAGCGAUGAAGGUGAAGGGGACUAUGCUAGGUGGUGAUUGGACGUACAAGGCAUUCUAA